UUACAUCGACAAAUUCAACCAAAAUAUUUAUUACAAGUAUUAAAUGGUUCGAUUAUUGCAUUAUGUAAAGUUCGACAUGAUAUGUUAUAUCAUACAACAAGUUCAUAUCCAGCAUUAGUUGAUGAACGAGCAAAUGUUGAAUGUGUUGGGUUUGGACUUAUUCGUUCAAUUGAUAUGAAUCGUCGUCAAAUUCAUGUCUUAAUUCCUGAUAAUAGUUUACCUAAAACAAUGAUCAAUGCACUUAUUAAAGGAUAUGAUGAUUGUCCUGAUGAAUUUUAUUUUAUGUCUAUUGAUCGAUGGCGUGGUCGUAUGCCUCCAUAUGUAACUGGUAUAAUUAAUUCAAAUAUAUGA